AUGAAAGGUUUAAUAUGUGUAAUAUUUUUUGUACAUGGAUUACGCGGAGUUCACACAGAGUUAAUAGCUACGCCAAAUAAACUUAAAACUACAAUUGAUAAAAUCGAUGUGCCCUUAGAACCGAACUGCUCACAACCAAUUUGCCUAGGGCCUUUAUCUCAAAUUUAUUGUUCCGGAAAACUAAUUCACGCAACGUGGAUAUUUGGAAUGCAGGAAACAUGCCCUGGUAAUAUGAUGCGUAAAUCACCGGAACUCAUUUUGGAAUUGUUUACGAACCUCACCUAUCCACUAAGACGUGAACAGUUUCAAAAAUUUUGUGCCGAAAACUUUGCGAACAUAAGUUAUCUUAAACAGGCAACUUUGGAAGAUUGGACUGAAGAACCCGAAAAUAUAAGACGAUUGCAAAACACAGGGUUAAAAAAAUUUGCUCGAAAACUGAAUAAAUUAUGGAAAGUAUUGGCACGAGAAUUCGUGGAACAGGUGCAUAAAACUCCGGAGCUGUUCCCAAUUUUGCCUGUUUCAAAUGCAUUCAUUGUGCCUGGUGGUUCGUUCCAAAUAUAUUUUUACUGGGAUUCGUACUGGAUCAAUAAAGGAUUGUUAUUUUCAAAUAUGUCAACAACUGUUCGUCAAAUCCUUGAAAAUCUGGCCAGUGUUGUGCAGUUCCAUGGAUUCAUUCCAAAUUCGGGAAGUGUGCAAUUGUCGCGAAGAAGUCAUCCUCCAUUGUUUACGCAAAUGGUAGCGGAUUAUUAUGCUGCUACCGGCAACAAAACUCUGUUGAAAGAGAUGAUACCGUGGAUGAAUCAAGAGAUGUUAUGGUGGACAGAAAACCGAGCAUUUUAUGUCAAGUUGCCGUCCGGUCGAAAGUACCGAAUGUAUCAGUACAGGGCUUUGUCCAGUUGUCCACGUCCGGAAAACUACUUAACCGAUCUGAAUAAUGGGUUAAAUGGCACAGGACAUCCAGAAUUUAUUUGGUCUUCAAUUGCUAGUGCUUGCGAAUCUGGAUUGGACUUUAGUACGAGAUGGUUUGCACAUCAGGGAAAAUAUGCAGAUACCAAAUAUUCGAUCCGAACCAAUAACAUUAUUCCUGUUGACUUAAAUGUGUUUAUGGCUUGGAAUUUCGCUACCCUUACUAAUUUUCACGAAAUUCUUGGAAGAUCCAAAGAGGCUACUGAAUAUCGUGAAUUAUACAAGGGAUUGCGUGAAGCAUUGGAUGAAGUUUUCUGGAGUGAAGACUAUGGAGCAUGGUUUGAUUACGAUUUGAUGGAGCAAAAACUAAGGAGUGGCUUCUAUCCGUCUAAUGUUUUUCCACUUCUUCUUGGUGGCUAUGAUGCUCCCGUAACUGAAAAAGUUCUUGACUAUUUACUGAAGAGCGGAGCACUCAUUUUCAAAGGUGGCAUUCCGGUGAGCUUAAAUAAUGCUUCGCAUGAACAGUGGGAUUAUCCAAACGGUUGGCCACCACUCACACAUUUAUUCGUGGAAAGUUUACGGUUGUCAAAAAAUGAAAAGCUUGUUAAAAUAGCUGAGGAAACAGCUUGGAAGUUUAUUCGUACUGCUUACAAUGGAAUGAUGUACCCAAAAAUGGGAAUGCCAGCAGCGUGUUGGGAAAAAUAUGACAUUCGAUAUGAUGAUGGUACACCUGGCUCAGGUGGUGAAUAUCCUGUGCAACAAGGUUUUGGGUGGACAAACGGUGCUUUGCUUGAUCUCAUUUAUAAAUAUGGAAUUCUUGAAGAGCACACAAUUUCUAGAACAGAACCAAUAAACUCAGGUAAAUCAUGUGCGAGUGGGAAACAGUUUAUUUUUCUGGUUUUUAUACUGUUUGGAUUAUUAAUGCUUUGGUUACUAAUAGCUUUUGCGCUUCGCUUGAAGAAAUUUUCCAAUACCAAACAUGAAGAACUUCAGCUUGUUGAAACAGUUCGUCUUCUAGAUAAUGAAUGGUAA